AUGUCUGAUAGAAGUCAAUCAACUAAUAAUGAAAUGGAAUUGGUAAUGAGAGAUUUCAGUAAGUAUACAUUUCAAUUAAUAAGAGUAACGGCCUAUUGUCAUUCGCCAAAUAUUGCUCAAGUUGAAGCUAAAAAGGUGGUUAAUUCUAUGAAAGAAACAGCUGCAAAUGAACAAAAAAGCACAAGAAAUAUGAUCAGUGAACAUCUUGAAGAUGUGUCUGUUACGGUAAUAGGACAAGUACCUACAAUUAAAGCGCUAUUUAGAAUAAUUCUGAGAACACGAGUAAUAAAAGAAAAUCCACCAAUUAAUCCUAGCCAAGUAAACGGUUUGAUCAUAGCUGAUUCAUUCAAAUUUACUAAAAAAAUGAAAUAUUUUUAACUUAUGAUAGUGAAAAUAAUGAAAAUAGAAUUACAAUAUGUUCAACGCAACGUAAUUUGAUUGAGAUUCAGAAAUCCGAUAGUUGGUUUAGCGUGGAACCUUUAAAUCGAUCAUAUAUA